AUGGAUUUCGUUUUGGCAGUCGCACAGAAUGCGCCUGGACGCGGGAGGAUGUUCGUGAGGCAGCUGGUGCAAAGCGAUUCCCACCAGGAUGCGGCCGAGCAGACAGAGUCUCCCGAGGAGGAGCUCUACCCGGGUCACAUCCGGACGACGCCGCUGCAGAAGGCGCUGUUGGGAGUGGGGUCCACGCUCAUGGCUCUGUACAGUCCGGCCAGAGACGACAUGGUGGCGGUGAACGGAGAGGUCACGGGAAUGCUGGCGUUGCCGUGGAUGCACCGGAAGAUGCUCGAGGACGCCGAGGGGCAGCAGAUCCUAAGGGAGAAGCCGAAAUUAAAUUCAUACACAGUCGAUUUGGAUGCUCUCAGGUCAUUACCCGAAGGGACUCUCGGGAGAGCGUACACUCAGUUCCUCGACGUAAAUGGUGUGAGUCCGGACACGAGGCUCCCGGUUCGAUUCGUGGAUGAUCCAGAGCUGGCCUACGUGAUGCAGAGGUACCGCGAAGCCCACGACCUGAUGCACACCGUCCUGGGGAUGAACACGAAGCUAGUCGGGGAAGUGGCCGUGAAGUGGGUGGAGGGGCUCCAGACAGGGCUCCCCAUGUGCCUCGGGGGAGCGCUCAUGGCUCCCAUCAGAUUCCGGCCCAAGCAAAGGAAAGAUUACGUGACCAGAGUCCUUCCAUGGGCGUUGAAGAAUGGUUUCAAAGGGAAGUUUAUUCUCAAUGCAUACUUCGAGAAACGCUGGAGCCAGGAUUUGAACGAUUUCCGAAAAGAGUUCAACAUUCAAGAGCCGCCGUCUGCUUAGUCGCUUUCUCUAGUUUCUUACAGUGC